CCGAGGCAAGAUUUUUUAAAUCACCAACUGGACGAGACCGUACUGCUGCAGGCAGUGCUACGAUCUACACUACUGCGAAUUGUGUCCACACUGUCGUUGUCUGAGGUCAGACCCAAAAGCCUGAUCCAAAGUUGCUGCCGCCUCGGAAAAGGCUGCUGCCAGUUGCUGCUGCUCUCUCUCUGCUUGACCUGGCGCAACCUCUUUGACAACUUAUUCAGACUCUAUGAACCAGAUUCUGGACCAACUGUGCACGGCACCCGACAACCCUCUGCAAUCUCAAACGCCGGAGACCACCGCGGUCUCCAUCAUUCCGCCGCCGCUGUCGACAACCAACUCCCUUGCGCAUGCCCCCGAAACCGAAACUCAAGGUGAGAACGUGGUGGCGACUCAGGUGUCCGGACAAGAUGCAGCACAGGCGGAAGUGGACUUGUGGCCAGAAUCUUUUAAUGUUCCGACAGACAGUCAAAUCGAGGGUACUGACAUUUCGGGCGGCGCGUGACGGUGCAGCGUUGAGAGUGGUGCUUCUUGUACCACUUUCCCAAGCGGGUAGUGGGAUCGUCGCAGAUGUUCUACGGCAGUACCGGUAGCCAGGCUAGCCAAGUGCGGUGCGCUGGUGCGGCGUUCGGCUGGAUUUGAACUAUUACCGGGCACAGCACUGCCGAUACCAAUUGGCUCCAAAGCACUUAUAGCGAAAUGUAAUAGUUGCCUCCGUGUGGUUGUGCAAGGAAUCCCAGUCGUCGCGCUGAGGAAGCAGAGGCCCAAGGUCAUCCAUCCGCUGAAGCACUUGUACCAGAGCAGAUAGCCAAGCGAAACAAAUUAGCCACACGGUCGCGCUAUGGCACGACGUCGUUGAUCCGCUCCAAUAAGGAACCACAGUUCUCUUCGACAGUCCUUAGAUUGGCCUCUCGUUAGGAAGAGGCGGUACAUCCAGAAUCGCAAAAGGGGUAUUAGUUGGGUUUAUAGACUAGAAUGC